AUGAAGAAACAAUUGUUGCUAAUCUGUUUAAUUGGUUUAAUUCUUGCUGUUACCUAUCAACAUGCAGUUGAAGCCAGAAGAAAAAUCAACAAACCACUUGACAAGUUGAUCAAGUCUAUCAUUAGAGUUAUUGAAGAGGAAGAAAGCAUGUCUGAUUCUUACAUUCUUCCAUCCAUUGCUGUUGCUGAUACUGCCAAAGCACUUGUUGGUCGUUGUGUCAAUAUCAUUAAGGGAUCUACUGAAAAUGGAAAGCCAUGUUUCAGAACACCUUUCGAAUUUGCAGCUGAAGCUUACAAACUUGUUGGAAAGUCAAAUCUUCCACUUGAUGAAGAUGGUUACUAUGAAAGUUCAAGUGUUAAAAAGGUACCAAGAUAUGGUGAUUUCAAUUAUGGUGAUGUUCUUGUUACUAAUGGUGGAAAUACUGUUGGUAUUUAUGUUGGAGAUGGAAAGAUUGUUUAUGCAAUUAAGGUUAAUUUUGUUACCAAGGUUGAAAUGACAACAAUUUCUGGAUUCACUUCAAAGAGAGGUUUACCUACUGCUUUUGAAGUUGUUUAA